AAAAGCUUUUGUUUUUGAAAGAAGACCCUGAUUCUCACCAAGGCUUCAUUUAUUAGAUCAAAAAUACAAUAACAACAGCAAUAUUUGUAAUACACUGUACACGCAAACACGCCACCAAACACCGACAGCCUCUAGGACCCUGCGAUACACUGAUGCUAGAGCCAAGGAGAGAGGGGGAAAGUGGGGGGUGGAUUGGAGCGCAAAAAGACAGUGGAGGAGGGAAAGACAGAAGUGGAGAGGAAGAUGCAAAGAGCCGCUCCGAUGCUGUAGUUUGGAAGUCUCGCCGGCAAGACUUAAAAGAGCAUUGGUGGUAUAAAUACCCGGCGUAAACAGGAUUAAAAGAGCAACUACUGACUCCAUCAGAGAAGUGUGAAGUGAGAGAGACAGGCAGAGAGAGAGAGAGAGAGAGAGAGAGAGAGUAAAGUGUAAGCAUCAGCAGCGGUGUGUACUGCAGUGUGUGUCUACACACUCACACAGGAGCUCGCUUUAUUACAACGCUCAACUCAGGAGGCAAGAACUGUCACUCUUCUACUCUAACACCAUCCCGUCUCUCUCUUUCUCCACCAGACUUGCUUAUACUCACAAAUGGAGAAUAUGUCUUGAUGCUAAAAGUUCAAACUGGGCCGCCGGAUUCAUCUUUUGCUCCAUUCAGUUCCUCCACACACUUCCCCGACACCGGAGGUCAGCAUCAGAUGAGAGAGGCCCGUCCAAGUGUCAGCAUGAGGUGAGAGGUGCCGGACACGGCUCUAAGAGACUUCACUCGACUGGGAGAGCGUGGCGCAUUAAAAAUACAGGCCCCGCAUGAGCUGUCGGGUCUCAGCUAGUGCUAUAAAUCAAUUCCCAAGCACUCUGAUUUCUUCAUCAAGACAUUUCUACUCGGGUACAAACGGAAUGGGUUUCUUGAGCGCUUGCUGACCAGAAGCCGCACUCCAGAGGAUACUAUUUUUGUAGACGUCUGAAGUCUCUGAAAACACACCAGGAGACAAAAACGAUAUAUAUAUAGGUGCAUAGCUGAUAAAGACUUUCAACCCUCCUGUCAAUGCUUUUCACUUCCUUCAAAGCUGUUGGCACUUCAGAGAAUAUUCCUAUCAGCUUUGGUCUGUCUAAUUCACAGCUAUUUUUAUUCCACUACAUAUUUAGAUAAAAGUUUCCCAUUACAGAAUUCUGUUCAAAACAUUUCGGUCCCCUCGUCUGAAUGGGUGAGAGAACCAGAAGGGAGGUUCACGCUUAAAAUCCUCACAAUUUCACAACCCGUCUACAGUCGGUUGCUAAUCACGGUGCUCCAUCAUCAGAAAUGACUUCCAUCUUUUUUUCAUGCAAAAUGAAGCACAUUAGCAUAUUUAUGGGCUGAGAUAUAACCAAUCGUGUACAAUGAGCUACAUGGAUCUUGCAUUCAGGCAUCAAGCGAAGAAACAAACAUCAUCUGACAUGUGAAGAAAAUGUAAUAUUCAAGAGCUCUGUGCACUUAAACACAUGCACUAAAAUAAGUGCUCUCGGAGGAGAUGGAGGAGCACAUGAGUUAAUUUUCCAGCUAAGGUUUAUGCUUGUAUCUGUGAGACAUCAACCGAAAAGUCUUCAGUUUAAACUGCUGUGUUGCUGCUUUUACAUAAAUGACACAUUCUUAAGAAUACAAGUGUUGGCCGGAUCAGCCCGAAAGCAUCAGUUGAUGUCAAAUCCAUAUCUCUCAAAAUGGAGAAUUUGGAUGACCUAGAACAUCCAUUAUUGGGCGACAGCCCCAAAAACUCAAGUGGUGGUGGACUGUUCAAAGGCAUAUUGAUGAGGAACGAGGAGGACAACAGACUGCCCCCUCUGGACUGGAGGAAUUAUUGCAGUUCUGCAGAUAUUCAACAGCAUCAGCUACUGGAUCCGUGUUCGUUGCCUUGCACUCUUGAGACUCUUUAUCCUCCUACUACUAUAUGGGCCGCCGCUGACUCCCUGGGCAUCCACAGUAAGGAGUAUCUGGAAACCACCUUUGUGGACAUUGGUCCUGGUUCACCAUUGGAAAGGAAGUUGCUUGCCGAGACAAGAGAUGUUCAUAGUGUGUCCUACAGCAUAGAUGAUGGGGACGACCUUUUGCCAGACUUUGAGGACUCCUCCAGCGAUGACUUCAGUGACACAGACAGUGAGAGCAAUUUUCCCAUCAUGAUCCCUCAAGAUUACCUGGGCCUGGCUUUCUUCUCCAUGCUCUGUUGUUUCUGGCCUCUGGGCAUUGCUGCGUUCUAUCUUUCCCAAAAGACAAACAAAGCUUCAGCUCAAGGAGAUUUCCAAGGUGCCAGCGCAGCAUCUCGGCAGGCUCUGUGGCUCUCCGUCCUCUCCAUCGUCUUCGGGAUCAUCACUUACAUCUGUGCCAUCGCUGCCCUGAUCUCCUAUCUGUCCGGGAAACCACCCUAAUGACUAUCAUCUCUCCAAACUUCCAGAAACACACCUCCCUGAUUCCACAUCACACAACACUGCUCUUUACACACUCGCAUUCAUCUACAUCUGUAAUAAGUACAUCCGUUCAGCAGUAGAGUCUGAAGAACACGGAGAUGAUUCAGAUCGUAACAGUGUUCAUAAGAUUAGGAAAAAAAAUCAAGUCGCUACAUUUGGAGAGAGGGUAGAUUUAGCUGAAAUCUUUGGAGUAAAAUCUGAAAGAGAGACUUGACACUUGUGUGUAAGUUGGCAGGGGAGGGAGGGAGGGACCGAGGCCUAAGGGUUUGUUAGAAAGGGAACUCGACAAGGACAGCGAGAUCAGGAGAUCACAGCGGACUUGGCUGUGAAACAGCAGGACUUUCCCUCUGAGACACAUGACUCGAGAAAACUAGGUCGUUUUCUAUCUGAGCUCUAAAGAUGGUAAUUGAACUGUGAAAACACCACAGUAAAUGACUUUAGAACUCGGUUGGAAAUUGCUAGAUAGAAAACAAGUUCAAGUUCAGACAGAUUCUGCAAAUAAGAGGAUGCAAAACAGGAAUGCGCAGGCAGAAGUUCAAAUGCGAUGGGGUAAAUAAUACACACAUAUAUCCUACAAAUUCCACUGAGUCAUGCUGUUAUGAGAAGCUUCUCCUGGAGGACUCUAUUCAUAGCGUGAUAAAAGACUCUCCAUUUGUCUACCUACCAACAAAACUGUAUGGAGACACUUCAUAUGACUCAGCUAAACCGUACCUGCAAACUCUGGACCGGCGAAAAAGGUGAUGAAUCAGUCAUUUCUAAACAAUCAUGCGUUUUCUAUACAAUUGGUCUGAACAAAAAUUGCAGAAUGGCUAAAUGAAAAUGCAAAGUCAGUCUCUGACAGUUGGUAGCUCUUGUGGAAAAGCAGAAAUACUGCGGUACACACUGCAGAGCUGCGAUUAUAAACACCACUGUGUUUACGCAGGCAGGACGGAAAGAAAGCGACGUUGAAACGUUUCUGAAGAACCUUCUCCUGAAGGAAUAAUCAGAGCUUGAUAAAUGUAGAGUCUCCAUUUUUUUACCUAACAACACAACCAUAUGGAGACAUCUAUAAUUCAGCUAAACCAUACCUGCAGACUCUGGACCGGCAAACAAGGGAACAAGUCAGGAAUAAGCAGUUGAAAUCAUUUCGUAAAUCUCUCAUUAGUAUAGAAUACAACUACGUGUUGUUUUGGUUGCAAAGUAGUUUGAAACAACAUGAUACCGGGAACAACCUAAACUGUGAAAUAACCAAAAAAGCAAAGAUUUGAACACAAAAAAAAUGUGUUCCUGAUGAGUCCAAAUUAAAAGUGAUUAUGUAUUUUAUACUAAGAUUAUUAAGAUUUAUAUUAAGACUGGCUGUAUGAACUUAUGGAAAAGCAGAAAUACUUUAUUUAGCAACACAGAAUUAACGUAUUAAUAGGUAAAAAUAACAUUAGAACAAUAACGGACAGCAAACGGUAAAACUAUUUACGCUACAGACUAAUGAUUACAAUAAUAAAUGAAAGUAAUAUUAUAAAAAAGUUUUUAUAAUAUAAUAUUAUAUAUCCAGUGUUGGGUAAGCAGUUCAAAUUAAUUAAUUACCACCUAUAAGUUACAUCUUCAACAGUGUAAUUAAUCUCUCUAAAAUGCAUUGGAUUACUUAUUAGUUACUUCCAUAAUCCCAUAUUAACCUCAACCAGAUGAACAAAGUAUUUAAAAGGAGAAGGUUACAUUAAAAACAUACAUUUUAACACUAGACGUUAAAUCUACUAUUGUUUUAUAUAGAAUUGUUCUAUAGUCUACACAAUUUUUAAUACAAUUGCAUCAGAAAUAACUAAUUAAAUUACAGAACAGUUAAGAGUAAUCCAACUUUACUAGGGAAAAGUUAUUAAAUUACUAAUGCAUCAGCAUAACAGAUUGUUUUUGUCCAGCUAAAGAUAACUAGUUAACAUUCAAAUUACAAAUGGCUCUUACAUUAAAAAUAAUGUGAAUUAACAUCACUGUA